AUGGGUGAACCGAUGGAGUUGCAACCUCUUCGUAAAGAUAAAUAUAACCAAAGUGAUUCCGAGGAUUAUCACGAAAUUGGCCAUGAGGCAUUACAAGAAGCUCUAUUGUCACCUAAACGUCCCGUUACACCGGUCAAAGAAUACGAUUUUUUUACAAACUACGACACAGGUUCAAGAAAACAGUCAACAAAAAAGAGGAAAAAGAAAAAAGACAGUAGACCGAAGACUAUAAGAGAUGUAAUAAGUUUAGAAUUGGCAAACAAAAGUCUCCUCAUUGAGAAUAAUAUUAUAAGAGAAGAUUCUGAAGAGCAAAAUGGUUAUAUGAAACAAAAAACAAGACUUCACAAAAUCUUGAAGUCAACUGGAUCUCAAAAUUUAGAUCGUGAGAAUGGAUUAAAUGAACUUCAAACUGAUCAUAUCAGUCCAGUUUUUCCUCAAGUACUUGAAAACAAUGGAAGCAAAGAAAUCCAUAUACCAGUACAAUACGUAGAACCAUCAUUGUUUAGCGAUGUUGUAACGGAUUACCUAGAAAGUGGCACUAAGCAGUCUCCUAAGUUUUUUGAUAUAAUAUUAAAAAAUAUUAAAUUUAAGCAUCACCAUGAGUUUUCCCUUGAAAAGCUGUAUUCUCUAAAGUUAAUUCAGUAUUAUAGAAAAUAUGAGACCUCUGUAAAUUCAUUAAAAGAGCUGAACCAGAAAAUUGAUAUCAACAGAAGAACUAUCAUAAGUUUGAAAGAAAAACUACUUCAAAUAAGUCCUUAUAGUAAAGAGGAGAUUAGAUUUGACAAUAACGUACUAAAGUAUACAAAAACGUUGCUAGAAUUAAAGGAUACAUUUUAUCACACCUUAGAAGAGCAGAAAGAAAAUAUUCAUCGCGUUAUAUGUCUCUGGGCGGAUAUUGAAUUCAUUAGAGAAAAAAGUGGUAUAACAAAAACAGAUUUGUUUCUUAAAAUUUCUGAAAACAAAAUAGAACAAAAUGAGUUUGAAAAACAAUGGAAUCAGGCGUUUGAGGUGGAGUAUUCCGAUAUGAUACUUAAAAUUGAGUACGAUUUCACAAAUAGUUAUAUUGAAUACAAAGAAUCCAAACGUCUAAGUGGUAAUGUGCAUGAAAGGAAUAAAAUUGCUAAACCGAAAUUAGAAAUUGAUUAUGAUAAGUUAAAAGAAAAUGUAGAAUUAUUAGUAAAUCGUAUAGUAUCGAAAAAAAAUAUUGAUUUAUUAUUAAAAAUGGAUAGAAGCCUAAAAAGCAAUGCAAAUCAAAGCAAAACUUCAUUUGUGAAUUACUAUUGUUUCAAAAUCUACGUAGAUAAAGUGUUUGUUUGUGAAUCUGAAAGUUAUGUUUGUGAGAAAGAACAAAGUGACGUAGAUUUCAUCGAAUAUUUGUCGAUAGAAAUUCUCCCACAAAACGAAUCUUUGAAUAUUGUUUUGUUUGAAAAUGAUGAAGAAGUGUCUUCAUUUCAAAUUAACCUUUCUGAUAUUAAAAAAAAUACUAUUCUAACGAGUUUAAAGAAUACUUUUGUUUUUGAUAAAAUUGAGGCACCCAGCUCCAAAUAUAUUGGUUGUGGGUACGAUAUUAGAGAAAUUGCUGCGAAAAACAAAGUGAGAUUAAAAACAAGCAAUUUAUUUAAAGGCAAAUUAUUAACGAACUGUGAUGUAAAUAUUCAGUUUGGUUGGAAUAAUAAGUACAACGAUAGUCAAUUUGAAUCUAUUAAGUCACAUAUGAAGUUUGGGCGCCAAAUAAAGCAAUUACAUCUUGGUAAAAAUGAGCCACGUCUAAAUCAAAUAACGGAAAUAAUUAAUAAUUUGUAUAAUACAAAUAUAGAAGAUAACCAGAUUUUGAUGAUUUCACUUAAAAAUAUUUGCAAAAGCAGACUUACAAAUGAUAAUUGUUUUAAUUUUAAUGGAGAAGACUCUGAAUACCUUAGGCUUAAGUUAUUACAUCUUAGGUCCAGCGGUGGUCUUUUUGAUUUAGAAAAUAAAUCUGUUCCUUUAUUUGCAAAUCAAAUUUCAACUGAACUGUUAUGCUGUUUACAAAAUAGUGAACAAAAAGAUCUUGAUUUUGAUGAUUUCAAAAACGAAACUGAUAAUUUGAUUGAUGUACAAAGGUUUAUAGGAGUAAAAUUUGUAGAGAAGCUUAACAAAAACGUUAUGAAGAAAGUAAAUGAUCACCUUUUAAAGAUAACACAUAAGGAUGUUGUAAGAGACUUCGAGGAAUUGAGUUUAAGAGGACUUGUCACAAACCAAACUAAUCUGAUGUUGGGUAAAGCUACUUGUAUAUCAGGACAGACACUUAUUAAAGAUUGCUUGAUGAAGGAUCAAGAAAUACAUGUAACAGUUUACAAAGCAUAUAACUUGUCAUGUAGAAGUUCAGCUGCGAUAACAAAAGAAGAAAAUGAUUGUGAUAAUAUAGCUGGUUUUAAGGUCCAUCCGCUAAGACCGUUUGUACAAGUUAGCUACCGUGCCUUGACCGCGCAAACUGCUACAGCCGUUGGUCGUCACCCAUCUUGGAAUCAUACUCUCAAAGUUAAAACAAGAUUGCAACCACUUUCGUCUAUUCAUAUAAAUAUUUACGAUCAAUGCAAGGAACAUCUCAACGAAAAAUACACCGAUGAUCAAUCUCAAAGUACCGUAGUUUAUCGGAAAUUUAACAAAUGGCUUGGAGCUAUCGACAUACCGAUGCACACCGUACUGAGUUUGGGAAAUGUCAGAGGUUCAUUUAAAAUGAACGUUCCACCAUUGAUUUUUGGGUAUGAAAACUCACCGUCAAAACAACCAGAAUCAACAUUUUCGGAAUUAAAUCAUCUGAUAAAGAAAGAAUCAACUUUUUUGGCUCUCCAAGUGACGACAAGCUUGUCUCAUUUAGGGGAAUUUCAGAACUAUCGCCAACCAAUAACUAAUGAUUCUGAAGCCGAUUUUAUCAUACGGCAUCUAAAUGAAUUUGUGACUGAGUAUAUUAAUGACUUUCCCGCAAGAAAUAUUUCUUUAACGUUUAUUGAUAGCGCAGGGAGGAAUAAGUGCGUUUCGGAGUUCUUGCAAGCAAUCCCAGUUCCAGAUUAUGAGUGCUUUCCAGUAGACCCGAGGAAGUCAGAAUCAGCUCGAUCUAAAAGUUCCGGUUACUCAAAGAGUUCCUCAUCUAAAAGCAGUAGAAAGAAGUCUUUAACUGAUGAUAGGGAAUCCGUGAGUGUUGAAACUUGGAAAAGUGGUGAAAUUCAAUUGAAUAAGUAUAUAGAUGCGGUUGUGAGAUACGUAUCUCUGAUACCGACGUAUGAAAAGGUGGAGCCGUAUGUUGUCACUUUGAUGGGAGUGGAACUCUUGAAAGUUUUAUACGGCUCUCCUUUGGAUCACACAAUUUUACUAGCAAGUUUUUUUUUACAUUUAGAAGUAAAAUGCUGGGUCAUUAUUGGGUUUGCCUUACCACGUGGACUAAGCAGUUAUGUCUUAGUGCAGUACUAUAAUAAUAAGAUAUUAAAGAGUAACGAUCUGUUCAAAGCAAGGGGGAUUUGUGGUGGAAGCGAUGGAUUUACUUGGUACAUAUACGAUGCAGUUGCUGGUGAGAGAUACGAGUUGAGAGAGAUUGGAUGUCCGUUGAAAACAGUCAGUUAUGUUUUUGAUUCAGAAAAUAUAUGGGUGAAUACUCAGCCUGUGCAAGAUUGUGAAAGCGUCUCUUUUAAUUUUUCGAAAUCGUCUGAUUGGCAGACUGUUUUCAACAAGCCUUUAUUCACCACGAGACCCUUAACCGAAAGUCCGUAUAGCAAACCGGAAGAUGUCGAAAGUCUACGUGUAAACUUGGAGACAAAAAUUAAAAAUAAAAUUCAGAAAUGGCGUUCGCACAUUAAGACUAUUUGGAACAGAUAUUGCAGCACACUAUUACGUGAGAUGCUGCCGCACUGGGAAUAUUGGUCAUUUAAUCCGACAGAAACGCGCACGAGUCCCGGACAUCGUUUGAAACAAUUUAUGGCUACGUACAAGAUGUUCGGCUUCCCACUGAAUAUGGCAUAUUUAAAUUCAAAGCUUAUAAUCUCGAGGAUAAAAUCCACAGCAAUACAUAUAAACGAUGAUCCGAAUGCGGAAUUUGGUCUGGGAGUUGAGGUUUACGCCUAUCCUAACAAUGUUUUGAGCGUUUGGGUGUUUCUAGCCAGUAUUAUAAGAAUUUAGAAAGAAAGAAUGUUUUAUUUUUACUUUGUACCAAUACCGAUACAAACUUUGUACAAUACCAACGACACUACGUAUGUUAUGUGUGGCACGACCUAGACAGUGCCAGUUCAGCGUUGGGAGCAUACAGCGCUGAUUUUCAGAUGGAACCUUG